AGGAAAAACAAAAGAUGGGUGUUGAGGCUUAUAAUUACUCCACAGUAAUCAUGUUCUAUCUUUUCAUCAUAACCUCCUUCAUUGUGCCUCAUGCAAAGGGAGAAAAUUACAUUGUUGGUGACAGUUAUGGUUGGAUUGACUUCGUAGAUUUCAACAACUGGUGUGAUGGAAAAGAGUUUCAUGUUGGUGAUGUUCUAGUGUUCAAUUAUGACAGCAGCCAACAUAAUGUAUUGCAAGUUGAUUCCACAGUUUAUGAGAGUUGCAUGAAGGACUCAUAUAUGAAAAGGUUCACCAGUGGCAACGACUCAAUAAUUUUAGAGAAAGGUGGUGCAUGGUUCAUAUGUGGAGUUGAUGAUCACUGUGAAAAUGGGCAGAAGCUCCACAUCAAUGUAACUCCUUAACUGAUAAUCAUGUUUGAUAUUGGUGUUUUAGUCACUUUGAUAGCUACUUUUCAUAAUAUUUCAGAUUUUAUGAAUCUUCUUU